AUUGCAGUGCAGGGUCAAAGUGAAGGAGCUGCGGACCGCCAACCACAAGGUGUGGGAGGCAAACCACCACUACAGUGCUGCACCCACGAGCUGCUGGUUCUACAAAGAGCUGGCUGCAAUACUCCGCGGUAACCUCACCUCCACGGCAAAGACCACCGUGAAUACUUCCGUGGCUUGCAUGCCAGUCAAAAGUGGACUGAGCCAGGAGAAGGAAAUCUCAGAUGAGGAUGUGGAGUGGGAAGGGGACCCAGAGGCAGAGGAUGACUUGGAGGUCAGAGAUUCAUGAAGCCAGGAGCUCUUUUCUACCCCAGAGGAGAUUAGCCAGUCACAGCUAUUGGAUGUUGGCAAAGCACAAACAGGAGAGAAGGCCCCUGAUAUCACUGAGGACUGCAACAAGAAUAUCACAUGCCCUUUAAACACCAAGUGUGUGAACAACACUCACUGCACCUGCCUGGACGGAUUCCAGCCGAGUGGGAAUCGCGUCUUCACCAAUCUUAAGGAAACCUGCAAUGAUAUUGAUGAGUGUCUGGUGCUGAUGGUCUGUGGAAACUUCACCAAAUGCCACAAUUUUCCAGGCAGUUACUACUGUUCUUGUAGCGAUGGAUUUGAGUCUGAUCCCGGGAAAGAGAACUUCAUCCCCGCGAACGAGAGCACCUGCCGGGACGUUAAUGAAUGUCUCAGAUCCCCUGACAUCUGCGGCCCAGGAGCACAGUGUGAGAACACCAACGGGAGUCACCAAUGUGCCUGCCCAACCGGCUACAUCCCUUCCACUGGGAGCUGGGUCCAGAACCAAACAACGUGUAAAGCCCCCAGCAUUAACUGCAGUUCUGAGUUCGAGGGAAUCAAAGAGACGUGCAGGAAUUUCUCUCUGCCGGUAAACCAGAGCGAUGGAAGCAGCUGUUUUUGCUCUUUCUUUAAUUCAGUCUCAAACAUGUUGAUGUCCAUGUGCGGAGAUGGGAAUGCGACGUUAUCACUGGAGAACGUGACUCUCCAUUUCAACAGCCUCCUGAUCAGCACCUCCCUCUGGGAUGGCGGAGACAAGGGGGAGGUGGGGUCGGCCGUGACGGUCCUGCUAGAGAGCGUGGAACUGGCCGCGCUGGCCACUGCGCUCCGGUCUCCGGAGAGGACAACACAGAACGUGACGACGGAGUCUCUGGCUGUUGAGACACGGCUCGUCACAGGGGACUGCAGCCAGCACAGCGAGGUCUUCACGCUGAGCGCUCACAAUGAGACGAUGGAUGUGCACUGUGAUACAGUCACUGGGGCAGCCACACAAGGUGUGGGGGCUGCUGCUUUUAUUUCCUACUCCACCCUGGACUCCAUCAUCAGUGCGAGACGUCUCAGCGAGGGAAAUCUGCCGGCUGGUGGGAAGCUGGAGAAAAGUCAUCUCAACUCCAGGGUGGUGAGUGGGGCCAUCGGAGAUGGGAGACCCAUUAACCUAUCCAGACCCGCAAAGUUCACCCUGCGACAUAAACAGGCCAAAAAAGAGGAGGAAGAGGCUCUCUGCGUCUACUGGAAAGUGGUGGCCGAGAGCGGCAGCUGGUCUCCGGACGGCUGCACCACUGUGCACACGAACAGCACUCACACCACCUGCAGCUGUGACCAUCUCUCCAGCUUCGCUGUUCUAAUGGCUACCACCGCAGUGACGGAGAGCUACCCACUGACCAUCAUCACCUACGUGGGACUGAGCCUCUCCCUGCUGUGCCUCUUCCUGGCCAUCCUCACCUUCCUCCUGUGCCGCUCCAUCCGCAACGUCAGCACCUCCCUCCACCUGCAGCUCUGCCUCUGCCUCUUCCUGGCCGACCUGCUCUUCCUCACCCAGGUGACCCACCCCAGCAGUCAGGUGGCGUGUGCUGUCAUUGCUGGCUUCCUACACUACCUCUUCCUGGCCUGCUUCAGCUGGAUGUUCCUGGAGGGGCUGCACCUCUUCCUCACCGUCAGGAACCUGAAGGUCGUGAAUUACACCAGCGCCAGCCGGUUCAAGAAGAGAUUCAUGUACCCGUUUGGCUAUGGAUUCCCAGCCCUGGUGGUGGCUAUUUCUGCAGCGGUGAAACCUGACGGCUACAAAACUUCCAAACACUGCUGGCUCAGAAUGGACAAAGGCUUUCAUUGGAGCUUCCUGGGACCAGUCUGUGCCAUAAUCCUGAUAAAUAUAACGUUCUUUGCCCUGACCCUGUGGAUCCUGAGAAACAAACUCUCCUCCCUCAAUGCAGAUGUGUCCACUGUCAAAGACCACAGGUUACUGACCUUUAAAGCCAUCGCCCAACUCUUCAUUCUGGGCUGCACAUGGAGCCUUGGUCUCCUCCAAGUCGGCCCAGCAGCCGCGGUCAUGGCGUAUUUAUUCACCAUCGUCAACAGCCUGCAGGGAGCCUUCAUCUUCCUGGUGCACUGUCUCCUCAAUCGCCAGGUGAGACAGGAAUACAGGAGAUGGCUCAAGGGAUUCCGAACAUUCAGCACGAAAUCUCAGACAUACGAUCUGUCCAUGUCUGCUGUCCCCACCACCAGCACCAAGACGGAUUGUCAGUGCAGACGGAUUAUCCCCGAUGAGCACUCAGCACUGUGAAGAAUUGCCCUUGGCUCCAUUAUCCCUGUGGGUCAGGAUCCAGGGGCUUUGUGCGUCACCUCCCAGAUUCAACACACUGGUUUGCACAUUACACUCUUAGUGGCUUUGGAACCUAUUGUCAUUUUUGUGCUUUUCUUGCCAGGACUAACCCUUCUGCCAGGUGGAGGCGGCAGCAACCCAGUCCGGGUUCAAUACCCAGGGGGUUCCAAUACAAAACAGAACCAGCUGGAGCUCUCACCCAGUAAUCUGGGAAAACUUCAGACCACCCCAGGUGCCUCCGAGAAGCAAUACGUCCCCUCUCAGAAGCACUGAGUCUCUGUAUAACAAAGAGAACUUUUAAUAAAAAGGAGAAAGGAAUCUGGCAUUAAUCUGAGAAAUCUCCCAACCACUAUUUGAAAG